UAAUUUCCCUUUGGCGUAUUGGUCUGUGAGCAAACGCCCUGUAAAGAAGAGCUCCCCAGUUUCCAUGUAUAUACAUUCACGCACAUCUCCUCGAUCCCACCGCUGCCUCUAGAAACACUCCCAUUUCCUCCAAUUCUUUCUGCAAUUGCUGUUUCCACUAGUUGAACGAAAGGGGAAGCGGAAAGAUUCGAUUUUUAUUGUUAUUUUUUUGUGGGAAGUGAUGGGCGAUGGUGAGAUGAAGAAGAAGAAAAAGAAGAGAGGUGGGGCGAAGAGGAAGAUGACGGUGGAGCAGACGGCGGCGUAUGGGGCUGUGAGGGAGUGGGUUUUCUUGGAGCAGUCGAGUGGUGGUGGGAAUUCGAUGGUUGGUGGUGAUGAUUUUGGGGUGGAGUGCUAUCAGCCUAAGGAGAAGCUUGUGUUUGAGUUUCAUUGCCACACAACAUUCAGUGAUGGGUUCUUGUCCCCUUCUAAGCUUGUUGAGAGAGCUCAUCACAGAGGGGUGAAAGUGUUGGCUUUGACAGACCAUGACACGAUGUCUGGCAUCCCCGAAGCCAUGGAAGCAGCUCGCAGAUUCGGCAUCAAAAUUAUUCCUGGUGUUGAAAUCAGCACAAUUUUCUACUCAAGAGGGGAUUCGGGAGCACAGGAACCGGUUCACAUACUUGCUUAUUACAGUAGCUGCGGUCCUACAAAUUCCGCAGCAUUGGAGAAGUUUUUAGGGGAUAUUCGGGAUGGCAGAUUCCUCCGUGCAAAGAACAUUGUUUCGAAGCUGAACAAACUGAAGCUGCCAAUUAGGUGGGAAACCGUGACAAAGAUAGCAGGAAAAGGCGUUGCACCCGGAAGGCUUCAUAUUGCUCGUGCUAUGCUGGAAGCGGGGCACAUAGAAAAUCUGAAACAAGCAUUUACCAGAUAUCUUUAUGACAAUGGACCUGCUUAUUCCACGGGAAGCGAGCCCAGUGCAGAGGAAACAGUGCGUUUUAUACGUGAAACCGGGGGUGUUUCCGUAUUGGCACACCCAUGGGCACUGAAAAACCCUUCUGCUAUAGUCAGGAGACUUAAGGAAGCAGGGUUACACGGUAUAGAGGCUUAUAGAAGCGAUGGAAAGCUAUCAGUAUAUAGUGAUCUAGCAGAUGCGCACGAUCUGUUGAAGCUUGGAGGAUCCGAUUACCAUGGGAGAGGGGGGCAACAAGAGUCGGAUGUGGGAAGUACAAGCAUUCCUGUGUUGGUUGUGCAAGAAUUCCUCAAGGUCGCCCGGCCAAUCUGGUGUAACGCCAUCCAAGACAUACUCGAAAACUACAUCAAGGAUCCUUCCGACUCAAAGGCAAAGUGAUUGUUUAGGUUCAUUUUAUAUUGUAAGUAUUCUGUAUUGAAAUGGCUUCAAAAUUUAUUAAAGCUUCCCAAUUACUAUUA